AUGGGUUACCGAACACCCCGACUAGUGUGGGCGGCACACUUUUCGCCCACACGGGACGACGACAGUGGUAGCCGUAUCAGUUACCAAUCAGUCGGUCUGGAGUGUGGUGAGACCAUACCACAGCCACAGACGGGCACAUUACCAGCUGAUAGAGCACAGUGUGACCGUAGCGAAAAAGCCAAUGGGCACACUCCAAUCGGAGCCAGCAUCCGAGGCUUUGGCCUGAAGUUCUCCGUGUCCUUCGCCGCUCUGGAGGUUUUCCCAUUUAAAAUAAGCUGGCGCAUAUUAUUUUUCAGGGCUCCCUCAGGUGUUUGGGUGUUGCCAGAUGGAUACUGCAUCUACGAUCGCGUGCAUCGCGCCAGCAGAUGCUACCUGCACACUCUACGACGUACGACCUCUAUUCGCCGAGACCCUCUCUGGCCACAAGCUGAUAUGCCUCGAUCUCCUCCUCUUAGCAGCAGGUUGCCCCCUUCGGAUGCCAGAAAUACCUCUGGCGUGACCGUGGACACCGUUAUGACCACCAUCGCUUACCUGGAGGGUGACGCAUCCUUCUAAUCCAGGAACCUGACCGGUUGACAACGCGAACUCUCGGCUCCUGCGCCCCUGAUUCCAAUCGCGUGAGGCUGUGUCAUUUGGCCUGGGCGACAUUUGGGUCCAGGCACUGCCAUGGCAAUCUGCCUUACGUCCCACGCUGCUUUCUCCGCCUUUCCAGUCCGCUCUCCGUCGGCACCUCCUCCCCAUCCUCUCGGGAGGUUCAAGGGAUGUCUUCUUGGCUCAACUGACGAAACCACUGGCUGCUACUGACAUGCUACUGGCCAUAGCCAUGAUGCCACUGCUGUGUCGCUAAGUCGACAAUGUGGUGUCCCGUCCGUUGCAGCAUGGACAAGUGAUCAACGGCUCACGCGCACGGAAAAUAUUGUGAGCAACCCCCCAUUCACACGCCAUCGAAUCAAACGCUGGGCUUAGAGACGCAGGACUAAUGUACCCUUGGAUUUGCCUCGAGCCGAGUCGUACCACCACAGUCCUAUCAGACAGCAGGACAGAAGCGAACCC